AAGGAGUCUCCAGUGUCAGCGCUGUGUAACAGUCAGAGGUAAAGCUGGAGCGUUAAGUUUUCCGACAUCUUCAGGACAGAGGAGUUUACGCUUGUUUGCGUUUUUUCGGUACCAUGAAAAGCUGUGGGUUUUUUCUUUUCGUGAUCUUUUACAGCUGCUUAAACAGGAACUAACAACUUUAAAUAUAAAUAAAUUGAUAAAAAGUAUGCUGUGUCAUUUUUUAAUAAAUAAAUCAACUGUAAUUGUUGAAAAUUGUUGCUGUAGAGUAGUAAGAGGAAUAAAAAGCUCAGGGAUGCGCUGUUAUGGGAAAAUAAUCCUCAGCGUGUAACAGGAACUCCUCUUCAUCACACCACUCCGUCACUCAUCCUCUCUCUUUAUAUAUGGCUUUUUAUAUCCAUAUGAUAAACCACGUAAACAUGCAGUAAUGUCUUCUCUGAUGUGGUGAAACGCUAUUUUAAAGGGGCGUGUCCCAAACCGCUACCCUGCUCACUAUAUAGGCCACGUAAACACCACCGCGGCCCAAAGUGGACGCGUCCCAAACCACACAGCUUUCUCAGUAUGUAGGUCACACUGCAUUAUGGGUGUUCUCUACUGUUACAGAUUGUGGUGCAUUGUGGGAGUUCACUGCAUUUUCUUUACUAUGCUUUUGCACAUGGCUACUAAAUAGUGCACUCUUAGAAGUCCACUAUGUUGUGAGUAAAUGUGUGGAUUUGUAAUAGCAUACAGAGUGUUAUUGAUGAGGUUGUGUCCUAAAUGUCAUUUAUAGGCUGCAUUUGCUCCAGCCAGCGAGAAUAAAACCUCGUGAUCGUCUGAAAAUAAAAUAUAAUAAAAUAAAGACAAAUUCUUUUUAAAAUAAUCUCUUAAAAUGGCCAGUGCUGUAGUAAGCACACUACAGUAGACAUGAACGCUGUGAUUUGGGACGGAGAGUGAAGGUUGCGUUUCUCCGGAUGUUGUUUGCUCUCAGGUCAUGCAUUCCUGCUCCAUGUGUAUAUGAAGAACACUCACCGCUUUGUGUGUGUGUGUGUGUGUGUGUGUGUGUGUGCGUGCGUGCGUGUGUGUGUGUGUGCGCACAGUCAAAUAAACCUCCAUUGAUGCAGUGAAGCAGGACUCAGUUACUUAACCAACGUCAUGGAGUUCCUGAGUGUGAGGGGAACAGAUCCUCCAUUUCUCUGACAUCAUCAUUACAUCAUCAUCAUAAUUGUACCACAAUCAAUAGUUUUAAGUAGUUUUAUCAGAGUCUCUAGGUUACCAUGACGAUUAACCCAGCGUUCACACCAGUAGUGACAUGAUACAGUAAAAAGCAGCUUUCAUUUUGAACACGAGCUGCAGAUUUCUGGCGACUGUAGGUGACGCAAAGUGGGCGGGGCAAGCGAUGCAACAACGUCGCGUGACGUUUAACUUUAUGCAAAUGAGCGACAAAGCAAACCAAUAAGAGUGAGUAACGAUGGUGUGUUUCUGUUUUAUCCAUUAACAGUACAUCCUGAAGUGUUUUGUAGUUCCUCUUAUAGCACAGCAAUCUCCCAGUUACAAUUUUUAUUUAUUAAAGAACAACAUGUCAUAAUUUUUAUCCGUUUAUUGUUGCAUUUCAUGUUGUUAGUUCCUGUUCAUGUGUAUGUUAUAGCAGCUGUAAACAGUCUUCAUCUCAGCAGCCUCACCUUUAAGUUAGUAAGAGAAAAACGUAAUGAGAAACCAUAAACUCCUCCUGAAGAUGUCAGAAAACUUAGUUACAGCUUUACGUCUAUCUUUUACAAAGCACUGACACUGGAGACUCCUUCCAUCGAUGUUAAAUAAACCUCUGUUUACGUGGAGCGUCUGGCGUACGAGUCCCUGUGAAUGAGCUGUUGCUAUAGAAACGAUAACGUAUCGGAACGAGUGCAUUAAUAUAAACCUGCACUACUGUCAGAGCUGCUGUUAUAGAAAACUAAUCAACACCUUCUGACCAAUCAGAGACCAGAAUUCAGCAGUGCUUUGACCUGUCUGUUCCCAUGUGAGACACAAAUGACGGAUGCUUUUGUGCUUUUAAGAGAUUCAUUAUACAAAACAGCUCUUAUAUUUCCUCUCUCAUGUGAUGCUGAAGGAAUCUUGUUGCUCUCGGGAAGGCAGUAGAGGAGCCGAGAUCAUCAGAGCUCCUGGGAACAGUCGGAGGAAGAGUCAGAAUUUUUUAAACUCAAACAGAAUAAUAUCAAAAAGAAUAAAGUACGUCAUUCGUGUGGGAUUAAGCGAUCCAGUCAGGUAUACUCAGUGAUAUGGUGAAAGAUGAACCAGGACUUGGAUUAUAUGUUUUAUAAAUAUGCUCGGGUGUGGAUCCCCGACCCUGAGGAGGUGUGGAGGUCAGCAGAGCUCACUAAAGACUACAAACAGGGGGACACAGCACUGUACCUGCAGCUCGAAGAUGGCACGGAUCUGGAGUACAAGUUGGACCCGAAGACUAAAGCCCUGCCUCACCUGCGGAACCCCGACAUCCUGGUGGGAGAAAAUGACCUGACGGCUCUGAGUUACCUUCAUGAACCGGCCGUGUUGCACAACCUGAAAGUACGCUUCAUCGACUCCAAACUCAUCUACACCUACUGCGGUAUUGUGUUGGUGGCCAUUAAUCCGUAUGAAACGUUGCCCAUCUAUGGCACGGACAUCAUUAACGCUUACAGCGGCCAGAACAUGGGAGACAUGGACCCGCACAUAUUCGCCGUGGCUGAGGAGGCCUACAAACAGAUGGCCAGAGACGAGAGGAACCAGUCCAUCAUUGUCAGUGGAGAGUCCGGCGCGGGGAAGACGGUUUCAGCCAAAUACGCGAUGCGAUACUUCGCUACGGUGAGCGGCUCAGCCAGCGAAGCCAACGUCGAGGAGAAAGUUCUCGCCUCCAACCCUAUCAUGGAGGCCAUAGGAAAUGCCAAAACCACCAGGAACGACAACAGCAGCCGCUUUGGGAAGUACAUCGAGAUCGGCUUCGAUAAGCGCUACCACAUCAUCGGCGCUAACAUGAGGACGUAUCUGCUGGAGAAGUCGCGAGUCGUGUUUCAGGCGGAUGAAGAGAGGAAUUAUCACAUCUUCUACCAGCUCUGUGCCUCCUCCCACCUUCCUGAGUUCAAGACCCUGAAACUCAGCAGUGCGAAUGAAUUCCACUACACCAAACAAGGCCGAAACCCGGUCAUUGAUGGAGUGGACGAUGCAAAAGAAAUGUUAACUACCAGGAACGCCUUCACACUGCUGGGCAUUAACGAGUCGUAUCAGAUGGGGCUGUUCCAGGUCCUGGCGGCCAUCUUGCACCUGGGCAAUGUGGAGGUGAAGGACAGAGACGCAGACAGCAGCAACAUACAGCCCAAUAAUGGGCACCUGAGCGUGUUCUGUGAUCUGCUGGGCGUGGCCUAUCAGGACAUGGCUCACUGGCUGUGCCAUAAGAAGCUGAAGACGGCGUCUGAGACGUACAUCAAACCAGUUCCCAAAGUGCAGGCCAUGAACUCCAGAGACGCUCUGGCCAAACACAUCUACGCCAAACUGUUCAACUGGAUCGUCGAGCACGUCAACAAGGCGCUGCACUCGUCCGUCAAACAGCACUCGUUCAUCGGCGUGCUCGACAUCUACGGGUUUGAAACCUUCGAGAUUAACAGUUUUGAGCAGUUCUGUAUCAACUAUGCUAAUGAGAAACUCCAGCAGCAGUUUAACAUGCACGUGUUUAAGCUGGAGCAGGAGGAGUACAUGAAGGAGCAGAUCCCCUGGACGCUGAUCGAUUUCUACGAUAAUCAGCCGUGCAUUAAUCUGAUCGAGGCUAAGAUGGGCGUGCUCGACCUGUUAGACGAGGAGUGCAGGAUGCCGAGGGGUUCGGAUGACUCGUGGGCUCAGAAGCUCUAUAACACUCAUCUGAAGACGUGUGCACUUUUCGAGAAGCCGCGCAUGUCCAAUAAAGCCUUCAUCAUUCAGCACUUUGCAGACAAGGUGGAGUAUCAGUGUGAGGGAUUUUUGGAGAAAAACAAGGACACAGUGAAUGAAGAACAGAUUAAUGUUCUGAAGGCCAGUAAGUUUGACCUGCUGGUGGAGCUCUUCCAGGAUGAGGACAAAGUGACGAGCCCGACAGGAAGUGGUCCUGCCCCUGGGGGGCGCACUCGCCUCAGCGUCAAACCAGACAAGGGCAAACCGGACCAGGCCAGCAAGGAGCACAAGAAGACCGUGGGCCUGCAGUUCCGUAACUCUCUCCAGCUGCUGAUGGAGACACUAAACGCCACGACGCCGCACUACGUCCGCUGCAUCAAACCCAACGACCACAAAUACGCCUUCACGUUUGACCCGAAGCGGGCGGUGCAGCAGCUGAGGGCGUGUGGAGUCCUCGAGACGAUCCGCAUCUCCGCUGCAGGAUUUCCGUCCAGGUGGACCUAUCAGGAGUUCUUCAGCCGUUAUCGUGUGUUGAUGAAGCAGAAAGACGUCCUGGCUGAUAAGAAAAUGACCUGCAGGAAUGUUCUGGAGAAACUGGUGCAGGAUCAGGAUAAGUACCAGUUUGGGAAGACGAAGAUCUUUUUCCGAGCAGGUCAGGUGGCGUAUCUGGAGAAACUCCGGGCGGAUAAACUGCGAGCCGCCUGCAUCCGCAUCCAGAAAACGAUCCGCUGCUGGCUGGAGCGCAAGAAGUACCUGCGCAUGAAACAAGCCGCCAUCGUCAUCCAGAGAUACGUCCGAGGAUACCAGGCCCGAUGCCUGGCGAUGUUUCUGCGCCGCACCCGAGCCGCCAUCGUCAUCCAGAAGUACCAGCGCAUGUACGUACAGAGAACCAGCUACAGGCGCAAACGCAACGCCGCCCUCGCCAUGCAGUGUAUCCUCCGAGCGUACAUGGCCCGACAGCAGUACAAAGCGCUGCUGCGUGAGCACAAAGCCAUCAUCAUCCAGAAGAUGGUGCGCGGCUGGUUGGCGCGUCAGUGGUACAAGCGCUCUCUGGACGCGGUGGUGUACCUGCAGUGCUGCGUGCGGCGCAUGAGGGCCAAGCGCGAGCUCAAGAAGCUGAAGAUCGAAGCGCGGUCCGUCGAGCACUACAAAAAACUCAACAUCGGCAUGGAGAACAAGAUCAUGCAGCUGCAGCGCAGAAUCGACGAGCAGAAUAAGGAGAACCGGAUUCUGGGUGAGCGUCUGAGCGGUUUGGAGACCGCCCACGCCACCGAGAGCGAGCGUCUGCGCAAGGAGCUGACUCGAUUACGCGGCGUGGAGGAGGAGGCGAGGAACAGCGCUAACCGAGUGACUACGCUGCAGGAGGAGCUGGAGAAGCUGCGCAAAGAACUGCAGAGCACGCAGAAGGAGAAGAAGGCCAUCGAGGACUGGGCGCAGACCUACCAGGAUGAGAUGGAGAAGAUGAUUUCAGAGUUAAAGGAACAGAAUGAUCUGUUGAAGAACGAGAAGGACGACCUGAACCGUCUGAUCCAGGAGCAGAGCCAACAAUGGACAGAGAGGAUGCAGAGGGCUCUGAAGGAGGAAACGACUCAGCUGGAGAGCGAUUUAAACGAGGAGAGAUCACGAUAUCAGAACCUCCUCACAGAACACCUGAGACUGGAGGAGAAAUACGACGACCUCAAAGAGGAGAUCUCACUCAGCAUGAACGUACCCAAACCGGGCCACAGGAGAACCGACUCCACACACAGCAGCAACGAGUCCGAAUACACCUACAACUCCGAGUUCGCCGAGGCCGAGGAGGGAGCGCGAGGAGCCGAGGACGUAACCAAAGGUGUAGCGUUGGACAUGGCUCUGUUCCUGAAGCUGCAGAAGCGAGUGACGGAGCUCGAGCAGGAGAAACAGGGCCUGCAGAACGAACUGGACCGAAAAGAGGAGCAGUUUCAGCGGGCUAGGGCCAGGGACGAUGAAGAGCAUAAGAAGGCUCGUGGCGCUGAACUGGAGUAUGAAUCUCUUAAGCGUCAGGAGCUGGAGUCGGAGAAUAAGAAGCUGAGACACAACCUGAGCGAGAUGCGUCAGACUCUGGCGGGGAAAGACGGCUCCACGUCGGCCUACAAGGUCCUGAUGGAGCAGUUAAACUCCUCCAACGAGGAGCUGGAGGUCCGGAAGGAGGAGGUGCUCAUCCUGCGCUCACAACUCGUCAGCCAGAAAGAAGCCAUGCAGCACAAGGAGACCAUGACAGAGCCGCUGCACUAUGUGGAGGAUGUUCACAAGCUUACGGAUGCUAAAGAGAUCUCUCAGGCUUACAUGGGCCUCAAGGAUACCAACAGAUCCCCCAGGUUUCAGCGCAAGCCGUUCGCAGUGAGCGAGUUGGUCAAUAGGCUGAGAUCCCCUCUCCCUGACAUGCGUAAGCUGAAUGAGGAUGGAGAGCUGUGGCUGGUGUAUGAGGGCUUGAAGGAGACCAACAGGCUGUUGGAGUCCCAGCUGCAGGCUCAGCGGCGCUCCCAUGAGGCCGAGCUGGAGGCGCUGCGUGGAGAACUGCACUGUGUGAAGGAGGAGAAUCAGAGACAGCAGCAGCUCCUCACACAGAACCUGCAGCUUCCUCCUGAGGCUCGCAUCGAGGCCAGUCUACAGCACGAGAUCACACGCCUCACCAACGAGAACCUGGACUUUCCACUUGAGAACCCAAAGGUCUACAAAAUCAACAUACUGCGCAGGAUAAUUGACCUCAUGGAACAGCUGGAGAAACAGGACAAGACGGUUCGCAAACUGAAGAAGCAGCUCAAAGUGUUCGCCAAGAAGAUCAACGACCUGGAAGGUGGUCAGGUGGAGAACGUGUCUCCAGGUCAGAUGGCCGACGAGCCGAUCCGUCCGGUCAACAUUCCACGCCGAGAGAAAGACUUCCAGGGAAUGUUGGAGUACAAGAAGGAAGACGAAGUCAAGCUGGUCAAGAACCUCAUUCUGGAAUUAAAGCCCCGCGGCGUGGCAGUGAACCUGAUUCCCGGUUUGCCGGCUUACAUCCUCUUCAUGUGUUUACGACACGCCGACUACAUCAACGACGACCAGAAAGUCCGAGCGCUGCUCACCUCCAUCAUCAACAGCAUCAAGAAGAUCCUCAAAAAGCGAGGUGACGACUUUGAGACCGUAUCGUUCUGGUUGGCGAACACGUGCCGCUUCCUGCACUGUCUGAAACAGUACAGCGGAGACGAGCAAUUUAUGAAGUUUAACAGUCAGAAGCAGAAUGAUCACUGUCUGUCCAACUUUGACCUGGCUGAGUAUCGGCAGGUUCUCAGUGAUCUGGCCAUUCAGAUUUACCAACAGCUCAUCAAGUGUAUGGAGAAUAUCUUGCAGCCCAUGAUCGUCUCCGGGAUGCUAGAGCAUGAGACCAUCCAGGGUGUGUCAGGCGUGAAGCCCACCGGUCUGCGCAAGAGGACGUCCAGCGUAGCUGAUGAGGGAACGUUCACGCUCGACUCCAUCAUCCGCCAGCUCAACUCCUUCCACAGUACCAUGUGUCACCAUGGCAACGACCCCGAGCUCAUUAAGCAGGUCGUUAAGCAGCAGUUCUACAUCAUCGGCGCCGUCACACUCAACAACCUGCUGCUGCGCAAAGAUAUGUGCUCCUGGAGCAAGGGCAUGCAGAUCAGGUACAAUGUGAGCCAGUUGGAGGAGUGGUUGAGGGAGAAGAACCUGAUGGUGUGUGGAGCGAAGGAGACGCUGGAGCCACUGAUUCAGGCAGCGCAGUUACUGCAGGUCAAGAAGAAGACAGAUGAGGACGCUGAGGCCAUCUGCUCCAUGUGUAACUCACUGAGUACUGCUCAGAUCGUGAAGGUGUUGAACCUGUACACACCUGUCAACGCGUUUGAAGAGAGAGUGUCUGUAACAUUCAUACGAACCAUACAGAAUCGCCUGAGGGAUCGUAAGGAGUCACCUCAACUCCUCCUCGACAAGAUUAUCUACCCUGUGACGUUCCCGUAACCAUCCUCCCUCAACUUGGACACCAUUCAGAUCCCUACCAGCCUCAACCUGGGAUUCCUCACUCGCGUCUAAGCCCUGGCAAUCAUUCCUCCUCAGCCAAUCACGUCAGGCACUGAGAUAAAGAGGAAAUGAUGUGUGGACUAAAGCGUCUACAUCCUCACACAAUGAAUACGGUGGAACAGACUUCAUGUAAUGUUACGCACACGCAAGCACACACUCUGAAUCCUCAGUCCUUGCUCAUCCAACACUGGAAAAUUACACAUUUCAAAUGGGAAUGGUCCAUAUCGUAAAGAGCAGGGGGGAGUCUGGGGCGGGUGGGCGGGUUAACAGGUCAAAAUCUGUUCCUCCUAUUGGUUUAAUCACAGUUGAUUCUCUUUGUACAGUCAAAUUGCAUAGAUAUCUAAGAUUAAGUAUGACGCUGGGAUAUUUUAUUUAUUGCUCUAGGCCGUUCUCACUCAUCGCUUCAGCUCUUUUCUUCAGAUAGUGGUUGUUUCCAGAUCUUGGACAAUCCGACCAGGAAGUAAAUAAAACAUAUGUAGUCCUCUAUUUAUGUCCAUAUCAGAUAAAUAAUGUAGAGUAAUUUUUAAAAAGGCGCUACACUCAUGUCUGUGUGAUGUAGAUGUUUAUUUGUUAGUAGGCCGUGUGCCUGUAGUUUUAGCUAGAUAGAUAGUUGUGUCUUGUAUGAUGAUGACGACGAUGAUGAUGACGACGAUGAGCAACCUGCACUGUUUUUUUUUUUUUUUUUGGAAGCGAGAGCCUUCAGUCCUCAGCAUUCCCACAUUCUUCAUUACUCUAGAUCUAAAUAUCGGCUUCAAAAGGUCUAGAAUUUGGGGAAUUUUGUUCCGUUCCACCUCAUUUUACCUUGCGUCCUGAUUUUGCAAAAUGACAGACAUCGAUCAAUUUGAAGAGCGUAUGUUAGAUGUGAUCAGCCAAUCGCACACUUGCUCAUAAGAAAUCCCAGCAGGCCGUUCUUUUCACCCCUGCGGUUUUAACAUCCUGCUAAAUAACGAUGCAACUAUGGCAGGUUUGUGAACGCUGCUAAUUGUCUUUUGUUACAAAAUAUUAUAGUUCGUUAGUUAGAUAGCUAACAUUAUGUUAUCGCUCUAGUAGCAGCAGCCAUAUUGUGUAAUUAAAACCAGCAUUUCAUGCUAAGCAUUGUUAAGACAAAGAAGACUUCUGAUGUCAUGUGAUCAAGAUUGCAAUUGGUUGAUCAGAGUUAACUUAAGCUCCGCCCACAUUAACCCAGGGACAUGUAUCAAAAUGAGGAUGUAUACACUACGGCGGUAACGAUAAACAGGGCAAAUCUCUCCUCUGCUUUGUUUUUCUUUUUUUGAUUUGAACGUUACAGUUUGUUUGGCACAUCUGGUUUCCGUUUUUUAAUUGUAUGAAUUAAAGCAAAUUAAUUUCUUACAGUAUUACAGAAUUUAAACCUGUUCACUACGACAGCAUGGUCCGUUAAACUGUAUUAAUGAAUAAUUAUAGAAAGAAAAUAAUGUAAUAUAGGCAGGGCUUGUUUUGUUUGUUUAUUUGUUGUUGUUUGUUUGUGCCAGAGAGACCAAUGAGCAAGAACCAUAAUCCAAAAUCCAAAAUAGCGCACACACACACACACACACACACACUCUUAACGCUUGCCAUUAAAUGCCUUACUCUGUUCAGCAUUAGUGGGUUUCAUCGCAUCCUUCUCCAACAUCGACCGUCAGUUGAUCACUAAAGUGAAGGUGAAGUUUUUCGUCAUGUUCGUUUCACGAGUGUGAGUUCGCUCUGCUGUUUCGGGACCAUCUAUGUGUCGUGGGGUUUUUAUUUUUCGUUUCAUACGUAAACUCAAACUCAGAAGAGGUGAAAUUCUACUGGAACAAAAAAAAAAGUAUAAAAGAACUGGAUGCUGAAGUGUUAGUAUUGUGUAAUAUUUAUUGUUUACUACAUUUCAACUGAUCACGCCUUACUCUGGAGUAGAAACGUUCGGGUGACAUCAUUUCCUGUUGUCUUUCAUUAUCACUAAGAGUCUGAUUUCCUGUGUAAAGCAGUGAUGAGUUGUUGUAAGUUAAUAAUGUAUUUUUAUGCACUUUCGGUUAUUUUCUUGGGAGAGAAAACUUUAUUUAGGGAUGCGCCAAUCCGAUAACAAAUAUCGAUAUCAAUACUCCAAUCAGAUGCACUGAUGAAUUUUAGAUACGUGUCAUAAACGAUCGACACUUUUCCUAUAUAUUUAUGCAAAAUAGUUUAGCUAGGAUUGUCAUUUACAUCAUCAUUAGCUGAAAGAGAAGAAUAACAAUCAGGACACACAGCUUUUAAACAGUUUCAUGGUUAUUAAAUGCUAAGUACCUUUGCUAACUGCUCAGGUUAAGAUUAAAAAAUAAUGAAGCGAUUAUCAGAUGAUAGUCAGCGCUCUAAUAUCUAAUAUCAUAUCUUUUUUUUUUGGAUUGUGCAUCCCUGGUUUAAGUAUUCGUUCAUAUUUUUGGUUUACUUCACUUGUUUGUGUGUUUUUUUUAUAUAUAUAUAUAUAUAUAUAUAUAUGAAGCCUUACCUUACCUUGGAAUGAACAAUCCCGUUGACAUCAUUUCCUGUUUGCCGAUUCCUAAUGUUGUAAACAGUGCUGCGUUGUUGUAGUUCGAUAUGCACUUUUAGCUAUUUGCUGGAGAAAAAUAAAAACAAUGUUAUUCACUUUAUCCUGUACAGUACAGUCAGCUUGGACGUUUGUGCCAUUCAUAGCAAACGCCAUCCGUUCAUCGAGACACGUUUGCUGUGUCUUUGCAUAACGGUUGCGUAACGCUAAAGUCGUGACUGAAAGCGAAUGUGCUAAACAAACACACAUCAGACACCGAAUAUGGAGUUAUAGCAGAAUCACCAGAACAUUAAAAAAAAUCCUAAAUUUGUGUAAAAACAUGUAAAGGCUGAAAUUGUACUUAUUUAAAAAAUAUUAGGUUUAAAUUCAUCACUGAUGUUCAGCAAUCAUAUUAAAAAAAAAAAUUCAAGCAGAAAAUUCAUGUUAUAGAAAUUCAGGUGGGAAACAUUUUAAGGGAAAAUAUUCCAGGCAUUCAGGAAAAAAGUAAUUAAAAAAUAAAAAUAAAGUUUUCUGUACCUGGUGUGAUUUCACUGAAUAUUUAUCACAGGUUUUUUGUUGUUGUUGUUGUUGUUGUUUUUGUUGUUUUUUUUCACAACUAUGAAAAUAUAAAUUUUAACCUGCUUAAUUUUUUAAAACACAUUUCACAUUAAAAACUUUCUGGCAUCAUUUGAAAUUUUUUAAACACAUCAAAACAUGAGUUCUGGUGAAUCUGAUUCCACUCCAUAUAAACGUUUUGGGUUGAUCACUACGUUUGGGGUUAGAGAGAAAAAAAAAGGAAAAGAAAAGAAAAAUAGUUUUUAACUGAAAUUUCCUCUUACCCAUGUGUCAUUGCCUUUUAAACCACCAUACUGCAUUACACUGUAGUGUGUACAGGUGUGUGUGUGUGUGUGAUCCCCAAAGACCUGCUGAAUUAGUUGCACUAAGUCCAUUAUUUUCCUUUUCUGACUGAAUGAGAGCGCUGUGUAAAGUAAAGUGUGUCACGUCGGAUCCGCUGUACAGUUCAUUCACGCCUGUAUAAAAGCGUAGUGUUAGGUAACAUCGUUAGCGCUGACAGAAAUGCUAAUCGUCUCCUGAACUGUAAAAAGUGAGUCCUGCUGAAAGCCAUGUGGGAGCGAUCGUCUCCUGAGGUUCAUCUGAAGACGAGAGGAAACGUUGUUAAGUCUCUGUAGCUGUAAUGAUCACGUACAAAAUGUCCGAACCUGUUCGAGUCAAAUAAAAGAAAUAAGCACCA